AUGGAGUUUCGGCAAAUACUCCUUGCAGGUCAGGACCAACUCUUCGGUCCGCUCUCCUUGCAAGUCAAGCUGCUGCACGCGCCCGAGGAGGCCUUAGCCAAGCUUUGGCUCGAGCUUCCACAGGAGUCGGAUGCCGCGUUUCGAAUCUCUGCGGAGAUGCUGAAGGAGCUGCGAAGCUGGUUCGACUGGGCGGUGCGUCGAUAUUUGAUGACCUACUGCAGCGAUGGCCGGGAACUGUCAGAAGCUGCAGGUCGAAAGUAUGCACUUCUUUAUUCUCAACAGAUUUCAGGUUCUCUUCAGGAUGAGCAGAAGCUUCUUCUAGAGCGUCUGGAAGAAGCCGCAACCACCAGAUGGCUGGCGAAGUGGAGAAUUCAGUCUCGACUUGACCCGUCCCCGAGUGCUCCUAGUCAGUGGUCUUGGUGGGGCUGGUCUUCGGGCGCUUCAAAUUCAGAGGAGGCAGACAUGCCCGAAGUUUGUGCCGGAUGGGAGAUGGAGCCAAAUGGGGACAGCGUUCCUUCGGUCAGGGCCUUUCUGGACGAGGUUGGUCUCUGA